CACGCGGACGCCCGCACGGUUACGCAAUUGGCUGGAGACGGAGCGGAACCCCCUCUUUAUUCCCCCGCCGCGCCGUGUCCUCUCCCCGCCCUCGAUCGACCCCCGUCAGCCCGUUAAUAACUUUUUUCCGUUGGGUUUUUACCGCAUCAUUUGGCAGCCCGACCUCUCCUAUCCGCCGGACGAUGGGUUGCUCCUCCUCCCUUCCAGAUAGGAAUGCUGGAAGGUUGGGUAGUCUGAAUAACGGAAACUCAAUGGUUACUGACUCAAAAAACUUGCGCGUCAAGUUGGUAUUGUUGGGGGAUUCUGGUGUUGGUAAAAGCUGUAUCGUCCUUCGGUUUGUUCGUGGUCAAUUUGACCCAACUUCCAAGGUAACUGUUGGUGCAUCAUUCUUAUCACAAACAUUAGCCUUGCAAGAUUCCACAACAGUAAAGUUUGAAAUAUGGGAUACUGCUGGCCAAGAGAGGUAUGCUGCCUUGGCACCUCUUUACUAUCGAGGAGCAGCUGUUGCAGUUGUUGUCUAUGACAUAACGAGUCCAGAAUCAUUUGUCAAAGCAAAAUACUGGGUUAAGGAACUCCAAAAACAUGCAAAUCCUGAUAUUGUCAUGGCCUUGGUUGGUAACAAGGCUGAUCUGCAUGAAAAUCGGAGUGUAUCAGUCCAGGAUGCACAAGACUAUGCGGAGAAGAAUGGUAUGUUCUUCAUUGAGACAUCAGCAAAGACAGCCGAUAACAUCAACCAACUGUUUGAGGAGAUAGCAAAGAGGUUGCCCCGGACAACAUCCUCUUCCUGAUUGACUUUGGAGACGAAGUCCACCAACAUCCAUCAUAUACAGGGGACUGUUUUUUAGUGUGUACAAUGAUAGUAUAAUUCACUUGUUAUGUGAUAUAUCCCUUCAUAUCUCAGCUACUGUCAUAUUUCAUGUAUCUCGGUUAAUAGUAUGUUAGUCAUUGACCUUCCGAAGUUUAUGCCAGAGUUGCCGUAACAAUUUGUUAUGACUCUAAAGGGCCUAAUCAGUUGGCCGUCUUCUAAACAGGCUGAGCCAGAUCACCUAGGCAAUUAUAUUUUAUGUUUCUUUUCCAUUGUGCUCAUGUUAUGUGGAAAGUAAUCCGCGAGAUCUAAGCUGAAUAAGGAAUGAGGGUAUGAUUAUUUAU